AUGGAGCAGUCGACUCAAUCGUUACUGUCAAGACUCUUGGACGACGAAGAUGAUUUUGGAAAGGAUGGGUUGGACUCUUCGCUGUAUCUUCCAAACCAAACGGAUGACGAAAGCCAUCCUGCGCAAUUUACGUUCACGAACCCUGAGAACGACCCCUCGGAGCUUUCAAGAGCAUUUUCAGUCCCAAUGCAGUCGAACUUUAUAUCCCCGUUCAUGACUCCGGAGUCGGCGAACAACUCUUUUCUCUCACAAUUCUUGGGCGACCAUUAUGAGUCGCCCAAUUUCAAGACGUCUGCUAAGGCGUUCAAGCCGGGGAAAAACUCAUUUUCACAGAAAGCAUUGCCAACAUCCAUUCCUAGUCUCGAAGAGUCUGUUGGGAAUUUGAGAGCAUCGCCACGAGUACAAACACUCAUCUCAACACCACCGGCAUAUAAGAAGCCGUCACACAACAUGAAGUUCUCGAAAAGUUUAAAACAGCCUUCUUUCUUUUCAACCAAAACACACACAGUGACUGAUCUGUGUAAGGACCAGCAGGGCAGUCGGAGAAUACAACAAUUUCUGGACACUGCGAGCAAAGCGGAAGUCGAAGAGAUCUUCAAUUUCAUAUCAAAUGAUAUCUACGAGCUCAUGCUGGACUUAUUUGGGAAUUAUGUCAUCCAAAAGUUGUUUGAAUUUGGGACGAAAGAGAUCCGCGAUGUGUUUAUGGAUGUCGUUAAAAGUCGAGUUGUCAUGCUUUCGACGCACACAUACGGAUGUCGAGUGAUUCAAAAGGCAGUUGAGUUCAUCGACGCAAAACAGAUGGGGAUAUUAGCGGACGAGAUCAAAGGGCACAUCGUCGCCUUUGUGGAGGAUCAAAAUGGGAAUCAUGUGAUACAGCGGUUCAUCGAGUUCAUGCCAAGUAUAUACUCCUCGAUGAUAUCGGAAGAGAUAACUGGACAUGUUGUUUCAUUUGGUAAGCAUGCGUAUGGAUGUCGUGUAGUGCAGAAACUCGUCGAGAGAAGGGAAGACGUCAUCCACCGGACUCUUAAUAAAGAACUUGAGAAUAACAUAUGGGACUUAGCUAUGAACCAAUAUGGUAAUUAUGUUAUCCAACAUUUAUUAGAAAAGGGCACCCGAGUUCAGCAGAACAUGGUGAUCAAUGAAAUGAAGGGGAAGUUCUGCGAAUUUUCGACGAAGAAGUAUUCGAGUAAUGUCGUUGAGAAGUGUAUGCAUUGCUGCACACCGACGCAACGUGACGGGUUUGUGAAUGAAAUUUGUGGGAAAAAGGACAACGAGAUGCUUCUGAAGCUUAUGAAAGACCCAUACGCGAACUACGUGAUACAAACACUCGUCGAAGUGAUGGAUGAAGAGCAAAGGAAGUGCUUUAUAGAGAAGAGAGUCUUUCCGAAUAUCAAUCAGUUAAAGAAGGUCUCAUACUCCAAGCACUUGUUACAAAGGCUUAACAUCGAAGUCGAUAAUUAG